UAGUUUUAUUGGCAGGCGAUGCGCCACGUGGAGUUCCCUUAACCUCAUAACGUUAGAAUCUUGGGAAAAGAGGUGCAGAGCUUCAUGUAACUGCGGUAGCCGGACGCAUGGCGGGCGCUUUGUAACUCAGAAUCUCUCUCUCUCUCUAUCUGUCUCUUGCACAGUCUUUAAGAUUCAUCACGCCUUCUCUCUCUCUCUCUGUAUCUCUCUCUCUCUGGUUCUGUUUCUCCUCAGGUUCUUUCAUUUAUUAUUUUCCUUCUUUUGGGUUGUACUGCGCUUAUUGGAGCGGCGUUUAUAGUAAAAGAAGGGGCUGAAGCCUGAAGGACAGCAAUUCUUAUGGAUUCAAGGGAGGAGAGGAUUGCCUACUGAGGAGUUUAUCCAACCAAGGAUGAAUGUGGACAAUGAGAACAUAGAACCAGUGACUGAUUUAGGACUUGCUCUGGGUUAUUCUCACCAGUGCAUCCAGAGACAACUGAACAAUGAUUCAGGUGCAGGUGCAAAUGCAGGUUCAAGGAUACACAUGACAUUUGUAGCCCCUGACCCCCUGUCUGAAUUAGUUUGGUCCCCACAGAAAGGUUUGAGUCUCAAAUGUGCUGAUUCGAGCUUCGCCGAUAAGAAAGCCUCUCUUUUGUGGGGUGCAGGACCAAGCAAGGUGGCUUUUUUGAUGCCUAAAAGCACUACAGACGGGGGGUCUGAUACUGACAAUCCUAUAGUUGAAGUCAUGACAUCACAAGUAGCAUUUCAUGCGAAGGAUGAAUUUGCUGGUACAAAUACUUCGACUGGGUCUCCUACAAGUGAUUCUGUUAGCAUGCCAGGAUGUGGACCAAAGCAUGAACAUGACACAGGACCUGUUGGUAAUGUGGAGGAACAGAACACUGCGGUGGGACCCUCUGUUCUACAUGUUACUCAAAAGGAUGAUCAAAGAAAGAGUGACGGGGAUGAUAUUUGUGCUCAAAUCGAUAUUCAAAUGGCUGAAAUUGAGACGAGAGAAAACAAUCUUUCCUGUUUGCCAGGCCUGGGAAGAACAGCUGAUAUUUCAGCGGCCAAACUAGAUGAACCUAGACCUUAUCUGGUUGCAAAUGAACCAUUUUCUGGGGAUCGUAUUGGUGGAGGCAGAGAUUUUGGAAGUGGCUAUCAAAUAUUGGGAAUGAAUGAUGUUUUGGCCUCUGAUGUUCACCCUGUGGAUGAAUGCAAAGCUUCUGAAACUCCAGUCCAGAUUCUUAGGUCGACAGGCAGAAGGCCUUUGGAAAAACUGGAGCAAACUGCCGAGAAUGAUUUACAGACUCUGAUUGGUGAAAAUGCUUGUGAUUCAGUGAGUAAGAUUGUAGAAUCAGAAUUUUCUCAUAAAGGUAAAAACUACUCUCAGCAGGGUGAAGAGGUACUUCCCAGAAACAAGACUGUUCCAAUUAAACUCUCUCCAACUAACAGCAUAAUCCAUAUGCAUAGAUGGAAAGGAAAGGAAAAGGCUUUAUCUGAUGGAGAUUUUAAUGAAAGAUUGUCAAAAGAGGAAGAUGACAGCCAUGAGAGUGUUGAAAGCUGCAACAGUGCUGGGUUAUUUUCUAAAGGCAAGAAGAGGUGGAGCUUUGAAGAACACUUGAUUGUUGGGAGUAAAAGAGUGAAAAGGGAAAUUCAAGAAACACCGGGUUCGACAUCCUAUAAUAGACAAAAUAGCUCAUUUAUGAAUUGGAUAUCAAACAUGAUGAAGGGCCUCUCCAAACCAAUGCAAGACGAGGUGCCUUCUCCUGCUCUUGCCAUUGCACAUCCUGGUCAUGAACACCAGAAUCCGCCUGAGCAAAAGCUGCUCAUAUGCAACAAGAAUCAAGAACAGGGGUUCAAAAUCGGUUUUCGAUCAAUUUUUCAGUCCUUAUAUUGCCCAAAGGUGGAAGGAGAAGCAACAGCAUUGAAUGCUAAUUAUCAAACUGGAAAAGGAUCUAAGGAGCUUGAACUGGCUAACAAGGUAUGUAACAUUAAUGCUACUCCAGUAUCCAUUCGUGGGGAUGGUGAUAACAUAUGCAAACAAUUUCUGCUGCCAAAUGAGAAGUUAGAUGAAUCAGCAUCUGGAAAUGAAGCAAGUUUUGCAACCCAGCCAAAAAACUUUCUUGUGAAAUAUGCUACCAGUCAGGAAAAUAGCAAGACAAAUUCCAGCAAGAAUAAAAAUUCAAGUGAAAAGGAAUUUGGUAAGGUAAAAAAUGGAAUAAGCCCCCCUACCUCUCUGGGUAAACGAAAGACUAACAGUGCUGAGAACAUUGAUUCUGACCCACCAUCUGAAGGGAAGAAAACUAAUAAUUAUGGUUAUGGGAACAACCCUCUGGGAAGCUUGUGGAUAACUCGGUUUUGUACAAAAUCUUCUGGCCCCUUAUUAAGCAUGGAUGAUCGGGAGCAGAGUAUUGAUAUUGGUCUCAAGUGCUCCACUGAUUGCUCAAGGCUUCUUCCUUGUCCUCAGAAUCGUGUUGGUUUUUCCAAAAAUCACAAAAGUGUGGUAGUGAGGGAGCAAUCCAUUGAAGACCCUAUGCUUGCUUUGGGUAAAGAAUCACAGAAGUGUCCUGCUGACACUGAGGCUGUCAUUGGUGUUAAUAGGGUUGAAGGCCACAAUGAUCAGAAAUCUGUAUAUAAUCUGAGCCCUUUACUGCCUUCCCCAAAAUCUAGAAGUUCAGAGGCAAUGGCUUCUAUCUUUGCAAGAAGGUUGGAUGCCCUCAAACACAUCCUACCAUUGGAUGUAACAGAUAAUGCAACUCAUGCAACUAUAACCUGUUUGUUUUGUGGCAGUAAAGGUCACCAUUUACAAGAGUGUUCUGAGAUAACAGAAAGUGAGAUUGAGGAUCUUCUUAGGAAUAUCGAUUCAUAUAAUGGGGCAGAAGAAUUGCCUUGUUUGUGCAUUAGAUGUUUCCAGCGCAAUCAUUGGGCUGUUGCAUGUCCCACUGUAUCCUCAAGAGGGCAACAUCAAACAAAUUGCAGUGCUUCUUUUGUUGGCCCUAGCGAAAUGCAUCAUGAAACAGGAGGUAAAGAAAAUUUCAAACUGCUAACUGAUCGGAAAAGACAAUUUCAAGCUGCCUGUGAUGGGAGUGAUCUUAGAAGAUCAGAUCAUGGUUGUCACCAGAAACUGAAUGAAGCGAUAGCCCCUGAAAAAGUCAGAUCUGAUGCAAAUUCAAUGAAGAAAUAUAUUGCUUCAAGUUCUGGGGAAAAUUAUUUAAAAGAACGUAAGACCACACCUGCCAAUAUACAAAUUUCAGAUGUACCAAAAGGAAUCUUUGACACUAUAAAAAGCCUUCGUUUGUCUCGCUCAGAUAUCCUAAAAUGGAUGAAUUCCCAUAUGUCACUGUCUCAUCUUGAUGGUUUUUUCUUGCGCGUGCGGCUUGGGAAGUGGGAAGAAGGACUAGGGGGAACUGGAUACCAUGUGGCCUGCAUAACUGGGAAGCAAAUAGUGAAUUUGCAACAGAAUGCCAACAUUUCUCUGUGUGUAAACGUAGGGGGAAUCAAAUGCUUAGUUGAGAGUCAAUAUAUCUCCAACCAUGAGUUCCUUGAGGAUGAGCUGAUGGCAUGGUGGAGUACAACCUCAAAGGACAAUAUCAAGAUCCCUUCUGAAGAAGAUUUAAGAGUGAAAGUGAAAAAGAAAAGAAUGUUAGGCUUGUUGUAGGCAUCUUGUGUUUUUUUUUUUUUUUUUUUUUCUCCAGGAAUUAAUUGUCUUUGAAAGCCUCGGCAAUUAAAAACACAGAAUGCAGAGUGAGAAGCGAGACAGGUAGCGAGCGAUGUUGUUUUAUUGUGCAUAUUAUAUAUAUAAUUUUUUUUUAAAAUUUAUAUUUAUGUUUGUACACGUCCAGCUGAAAUUAGGAAAUUAGAUUUUACUGCCAUUGUGACUUUGUGAAGAAGUAGAAUAAUAUACGAUUUCUGUAAUACUGACUCACAUCACACACUGAUUGAAAGAACCUUUGUGGUCCA